AUGGCGACCCAAACCCAACGAGAGUUUCGCCACGCCCCUCCCCCUCCCCCGCCCGGCGGCCCAAGAAACUUCCUUCGCCCCAAACACCGACGGCCCCGACUAACUCGGCUCUUCCAAAGCCCGAGAAUUGAACCCCUCCCAGCAGUACCUCUUAGUGAGGACGCUCGGACCCCAGACUUACCGUGUCGCUGCCGCCGUCAAAGUCCGAAGGAAACAGACUCGGAGAAGCUUGCGUUCGAUUAUGCGCUGCCCACGGCCCGCCGCCUGCUAUUUAUGCAGCGUCGUUGGGCGCGUCACCUUGCGCACAAGCUUGGUGUCCGUGCGCGCACAAAAGUAGUUCCGCCUCCGCCCCCUCAGGAAUCCAGUACGAGUUACCGAAGCCUUGUGGGCCUCAGCGGGGGAGGCCGGGGUGGGAGCGGGGAGGUCGUGGGGCGUUACCUGUUUACCUGCCCUCCUGGGGCGUCGGCUGGGGGGGCCCCCCCCUUCGCCGCCUUCCCCAUCCCCCCCGGGGGAGCAGCUGCCACACAGCAGCCCUGUGUAAAGGCCUUUGUUAAGACUCUUCUCCGAGGCCCGGGGCUGGCGCUGGCCGAUGCCCGGAUGGGCCUGGCCCGGGGCCGGCCUCCAGCCGUCUCCAUCCCGCUCGAGGGUUUGGGCUGCUCCCGACGCCCCCUGGUGACUAAACCACAGACAACGCGGGAUCGGUGGCAAUUAGCGGGCAGGCGGCGCGACCCGGAGCCUGAGAGGGGCCGAGCUCCGAGGCGAGGGGGACAUCGGGGGCCCCGGGCUGCGCGCCGCACAGCCGCCUCUGCCGAGCGCACCGGAGGCUCCUGGGCGUGUGGGCGCACGGCGGCCGUGGCGGCGGCGGGGGAUGCGCCGAGGAUGGUGAAGACCAAGGGCGCCGCUGGAGCGGCCGCGAAACCGCGGGCGAGGAGCCGACCGGCCGCCGAGGCCACCGAGGCGCCGCUCCCGGCGCCCCCGGGGAAGGCGAAGGGCCGGCCUGGAAGAAAAAGGAAGCUGCCCGUCCAGGACCAGAAAGCCGAGGAGCCGCCAUUGCCUCCGGGCCCCUUGGAGAGCUGUUCCUUGGAUCUCGGGGGGCAGCGGGAGCGCUGGGUAAAGUUUCAGAAGCGGCAGAGCCUGACUUGCGAGGGUGCAGCCAAACUCCUCCUGGACACCUUUGAAUACCAAGGUCUGGUGAAACACACUGGAGGCUGCCACUGUGGGGCCGUUCGCUUUGAAGUCUGGGCUUCGGCAGAUCUGCACGUUUUUGACUGCAACUGUAGCAUUUGCAAAAAGAAACAGAACCGGCACUUCGUUGUUCCCGCUUCUCACUUCAAGCUUCUGAAGGGUGCUGAGAACAUAACCACGUACACCUUCAACACCCACAAGGCCCAGCACACGUUCUGCAAGAGCUGUGGGGUUCAGAGCUUCUAUACGCCUCGGUCCAACCCCGAUAGUUAUGGAAUCGCCCCCCACUGCCUGGAUGAAGGCAGCGUGCGCAGCAUCGUCAUCGAAGAGUUCAAUGGCCACGAGUGGGAGAAGGCGAUCAAGGAGCACAAGACUGUUCAGAGCAAGUCCAAAGAGUGACCCCUCCUCCUCCUGCCUCAGCUUGGCCUGGCCCGUGAGAAUGAGGCACCUUGGGACAAGGCAGCUUGGCCCAACGAAGGAGCCUGUGAUGACAUGUUUCUGGGAGCCCAAGGGUUUUCUCCAGUUAUGUCUGAAGCAGGACAAAUUAAAGCAACUCACUUUUCAUACAGAGAGGCAGCCUGAGACAAUUGGUCCUAGAGGCUAGUGUUCUGUCUUGGACCAAGCAGCCCAUGCCUGACUCCUCGGGCUGCAUGGCUUUCCCCCCUCAGCCCAAUCUGUGGUCCAGACCAUUUCAAUUCCUCCCCUUCCCUCCCAACUUUCAUGUGAGCUUUUAGGGACAUGAGCCUCCUUUGGUUUUUAUUAAAGAUAAUUACUACUGUGGUUCCUCA